UGUGAACACAUUUAUUUGUUAACCGGGAUAGCACUUUCAGUUGAACUUGGACUUGAAGGCGAUUAUAAUCUGAGCUCUUAGUGAUGCAGAAUCAACGCCUGCUUGUAGAAUUCAAUGGCUUGAAGACUGCCAGUCCAGCGGGUGUCUUUCUCAGCUUGUCACCCAGUGAUCCAGCACUCUGGACUGGUGUGAUUUUUGUUAGAGAGGGCCCCUAUGCACCGGCUAUCUUGAGGUUUCAGAUAUCGUUCCCGCCAGCAUAUCCAACUAUCCCUCCCCUCAUUACAUUCUCAACGGAUGUUUUUCACCCUCUGCUUGCACCAUUGACCGUGCAGCUGUACACUUCAUCUGAGGAUGACAGCAACGGUGUUGUCGUUCUAGAAGAUGAGAAGCUACCCCCGGGAGGCUUCAGCUUGAGGCAUGGGUUUCCAUCCUGGUUCAAGAGGACAAGAACCAAGCCUGUUUCCAAUGCAGAAGCGGACCCCAAGAAUAAACCUCAGAGCGCAAAUUCCCAAGUCACGCCUCUUGCCCUGAGCAGCAGCUCAUCAACAUCGCGUGAUAUGGCUGAUCCUGAGGACGGAAUCACAGUCUAUGAGCUCUUGAGAUAUAUCAGGAGCACCUUCGACGAUGCCAGUGUGCUUGAUGAAGUCCCAAUAGAAGCAGCUGGAAACUCUGGGGCCUGGAGGGCUUGGAAAGCUCACCGAGCCCACGAAGCUCAAGUUGCUCAAGUAAAGCGACUUUCAGGGAUAAGCGGCAACACAAAUUCCCCAUCAAAACGGAACCUGGUGCCAAAGCCAGUUAGGCAGCCCGGAGAAUGGAAUUGGGAAGGCGUAUGGGAAGUCCGGGCCAAGAAAGGAAUUGAUCUCAGCGUCUCCGAAGCGUCUCUCUACGGGAAUUCAACAUCAAACGAUGAGCUGGUAGGGGUUCCAGGCAUGUCACGGUUUGGGGGUUUGUGCUAACGAAAUGUAGAUCAAUUUCCUUGAAGCUGAUGAGGAUGCCGUGGAGACAAUGAAAGAGAAUAUGGUCCGCAGCUUAAGAGCUGUAUGAUUAACUAUGGGACUUGCUUCCACUGGGAUUAUUGGGCUGAUAUAUCAGUCUUGGCAUGCCGGUCCUUCCCUGGCGCAUAUCUAUACACACUGGUCGUGCCUUCCAUU